AUGCUAGUAAGGGAAUCAUUCCUAUGGUGGAUUGCUGCCAUUUAUUUAUUCGCCUUCACAUCCUUCUAUCUGCAGAUACCUGGUCUGUAUGGCAAGAAUGGUAUUAUUCCUGUUGAUAACCAACUAGAUCUGAAAAACGGUAACGAAAAGUCCAUCCCUAAAAAGUUCUCUUCGACACCGACAUUAUUAUGGUUUAUGGGCGAUUAUGGCUUAGACGCUGAACAAUCACUAGAGUUACUAUCAAUUGUUGGUAUGCUACUAGCUUGGUUUGCUAUGAUAACACCUCGUGUUAGAAAUGCAGCAACAUUCCUUGCUUUGUGGAUUUUUUACCUAUCUAUAUUUAAGGUUGGCACUAUCUUCCUUUGGUUUCAAUGGGAUAUUUUACUUUUGGAAACUGGGUUUUUGGCGAUAUUCGUUGCCCCUUUUGCUCUAAUCAGAUCUAGAAAGAUAGAACCUCAAGCACAUGACAAUUUAACCAUGUGGCUGAUUAAAUGGCUUCUCUUCAGGCUCAUGUUUGCGUCCGGCGUAGUUAAGUUAACAAGUGAAUGUCCAACUUGGUGGAAAUUAACUGCAUUAACUAUCCAUUACGAGAGCCAGUGUAUUCCAACACCACUAGCAUGGUAUGCCCAUCAACUUCCUGUAUGGUUUCAAAAAUUUAGCGUUGUAAUGACCUAUGUCAUCGAAAUUGCCUUACCUUUCCUAUUCUUCUCGCCUAUCCGGAGCUUGCGGUUAAUUUCAUUUUAUGGCCAGUUACUUUUACAGAUAUUAAUCAUUCUUACUGGAAACUAUAACUUCUUUAACUUAUUAACAAUUGGAUUAUGUAUUUCACUUUUGGACGAAAACUACUUAGCGAAGUGGUUUUCAGUUGAUAAAGAACCAACCGACAAGGGAACAGGCGCAUUACCAACUGGUGUUCAAAGAUUUAUAGGAUGGAUUAAAUGGCUUCUAACAGCCUGGGCUAUGCUAAUGUUAUGUUAUUGGGUACAGCGAUUGUUUACAGUGCGUUUUAUGGAAGGAAAUCAACCGAUAACUUGUAAAAUAGCAUUUACCAAAGCCAGUUUCAAUUCUGCACUUGUAUCUGCCAUGCCUAUUACUGUCUGGAUAGGUUCGAUUAGUUUACUUGCCGAAAUCUUAACAACGAUUAAAAAUUCAAUUAUUGCUCCUAAUAAUGUUGGACAAAAAUUCUUUACUACCUUAAAGAGCAGCGUAUAUAUCAUUGCAGCUAUCGUCCUUUUCUGUAUUAGCUUGAAUACUCACUGUGUUCUUGAUCCUAAAUUACAAAAGUCACUAUCACCUGUUAUUAAAAAGUGGUAUGAUGACUCGAAAAGUCUCGAAAUAAGCAAUCCUUACGGAUUAUUUCGAAGUAUGACUGGUGUUGGCGGUCGUCCAGAAGUCGUCAUUGAAGGCAGUGAUAACUUAAAUUCAGGCUGGAAAAAGUACGAAUUUUAUUACAAGCCCGGUAACGUUAGAAGAUCGCCGCCAGCAAUAACUCCUCAUCAACCACGUCUUGAUUGGCAAAUGUGGUUUUUGGCUCUUGGCUCCUACGAUCAAAAUCCAUGGUUUAAAAGUUUCUUACAUCGUCUCUUAACUAAUCAAAAAGAAGUUGUUGAACUUCUUCAGUAUAACCCCUUCCCUGACAAACCCCCAAAAUAUAUACGCUCUAAGCUAUAUCAUUAUCAUUACACUAGAUAUAACUUCGCCAGAGGCUAUGCUGGGUUAGUUUUACUUUAA